UACUUAAUUUACGUUGGAACGCGGAUGAAAAAAAAUCAUUAUAAAUAUCGCCUACUGCCUAGUUCUUAUUCGAAGUUACCGAAAGAAAGUUUUUGUACCGCCGAAGUGUUUAUAGCUUAGUCAGUUACAAAGUGUAGCAAACAAGUGUUAUCAAGUAAGAAAUUACUCAGCUUUUGAGGCUAGAAUAGUUCAACGAGUACAACUCGAACCAAGAAAAUACGGGAUACUUACUCUAUUCUGUUAAAAAAAAGCAUUUUGUUGAACUGGUUGAAUAAAUACUUACCAUCACAAUUUGCGUCCAAACUAAUUUGUACAUUCACUUCUCCAUCGAUUCGUCGUUCAAAGUUGUUAUAAACCAGUGAAAGCCUAAGUAUGUGUAACUACAGUUCGGUUUUAAUAUUUUACGCUUUGAUCUUGUUGACUCAAAUAUCAAAAGGAAAUGGUUUGAAAUGUUAUGAGUGUCGCUCAAACAGUACUUUGGACGCUGCAACUAAAAAUUGUUUGGAUGGGAACGAGAAAGUCCCUAUAAAGGAAUACACACCUAUGCCAGGUUUUACAGCGGUAUGUGUCACCUUCAAACGUCGAUGGGAAGAUGGAUAUAUUAAAGUGUGGCGAAGGGGAUAUGAUAGGUUGCCCGGAAAGGUUGGAUAUAAUGCUGCUUGCGCAUACUUGAGCGCAUAUGAUUAUGAUCUUCCUGAUGUUGAUUGUGAAGUUUGUGGAACAGAUCGCUGCAACAACAAAGAUGUCAAGGCUGAUAAAAUUUCACACUAGACUGGCCUUUUUGUGGCAGUCGCGUACCAAAACACACAUAAAAAUUGUUUCAACUUCCUCCCCACCCGCUUGAAAACCUUGUAAAAGAUAGAUAAACAAGAUAACCUGUGUAUUUGAAAGAUGUGUAUGUAUUGUGCACCUUACCUACUACAGUAAUAUUAAAAAAAGGUCAGAAAUGACAAAUUUUAAUAACUAAAUUAAUAUAAGUAGGUACCUAACUGUAAUGUAUGUUCGGAAGUUUUGUUGUUUUGUGUUGUGUUACUUGUAUUAAACAAAAGGAAUAAAUGACAGUGCAGCCUCACUAUGAACUUGAAA